CGAUAAGACGUAGGCGAGAACACAAUAAGCUAGGCAGUGGUUAAUGAACGAAAGCAAAUGAUCAUUAGUUUAAAACUCUAAAGCUAUAGGCAAAGAUAGAUGUUCGUCUAGUUACUUGAUCGUUAUAGUUAGAAAUAGUAUUAAUGCUGCUGGUAUGAACUUAAGUACGAAUGGUGUUGUUUCGACCAACGUGGUUUCUACGACUGAACAUCCACAAAUAAUAAAUGAAACAAUUACUACGACGAUGCUAAUGACAGGCCUAGGAACUGUUGUUUCGAAAGACCAGUUGUUGUUCAAACAUUUAGCUGCGAUUAUAAGUUGCAGUGGUGUAGCUCUGAUAGCUAUCUUAUGCACUAUUGCUUACCUACGAGUUCGUGCUGGUCGUGCAAGAAAACGGCGGUUUUAUCAGCUGACAACGGGGCUUACUAAUUAUCAAGAAGCGGCGAAAGAACUUACGCUACCGGAUAAUGACACUUUUGUACAUGGAACGGGGAAAAUAGUAAACGUUUCAGAUACAGAAGAGCAUGAAAUUAAACCUAUAUUAAACACUGAGAAUAAUGUUAAUAUCUGAAACGAAAUUUUAUUGUUCUUUUGUCGUUUUUUUUUUGUAUUGAAAUUUUAUUGUUCUGUUGUCGUUUUUUUGUAUGUUUCUUAAAACGUUUGUAUCCGUUUUUACAGUGUGGUGUUCAUUUCCCUUUCGUGGUCUUCACUUCCGUGUAGCUUCCUGCGUAUGUGAUA